AUGUCAUGUCGAAGCGCUAGAGUUCAAUUGCGGCAGACCGGUCAAGCCUCGACCGUCACACCGACCAAAUGGCGACCUGUCCAGGUCCUAGACGAGUGGGUAGCCAAGGAAGCCCGCCCAAUAUCUCUCCGACAACUUAUGGUUUUCGGUCGCCAACUCACCGAAUCUCGACUCAUCUCCUCCGCCAACUAUGUACGCACGGAGCUGCCGACCCGUAUCGCCCACCGCCUCCGUGACAUGCAACGGCUGCCGUAUGUCGUGGUCACCAACCCGCACAUUAGCGAUGUCUAUGAUCUGUACUACAAGGCAUUCGACACGUUCCGAAGGAUCAAGGAGAUCAAGUCUCUGGAUGACAACGAGCGCUUCUGUCAGGACAUUGCCCAAAUGCUGAGAGCGCAUCUCUCUGUCAUCCCCAAGCUCGCCAUGGGCAUUCUCCAAUGCAACGGACUUAUGGAACAGGAGGAGCUGGACCAGUUCAUGAAUACCAUUUUAAGAUCGCGCAUAUCCCGUCGCGUCAUAGCAGAGCAACAUCUAGCUCUGACCGAAACAUAUAACUCGCCGUGGUUCUCUCCUGGCGCUACACUCUCCGAGUCAGAGUUCAUCGGUGAGGUCUUCAUCAAAUGCGGCGCAGCGGAUGUGGUACAGCGCUGUGGAGAGGCCAUUCAAGCCCUGGCUCGCAGCGCCAACGGCCCCGACGUAAGGAUUCCCGAGAUCAAAAUUACAGGGCACCUCGAAUCGACAUUUCCAUACAUCCUCUCACAUCUGGAGUAUAUCAUCGGCGAACUGCUGCGGAACAGCGUACAGGCCGUAAUCGAUCAUCACGCCAAGAGCAAGAACAAAGAUCAGCCGCCGCCACCAAUCGAGGUCACGCUGUGCGAGGCACAACAACACGUAAUCAUCAGGGUGUCGGACCAGGGCGGAGGCAUUCCGAGAGACAUCCUGCCGUAUCUCUGGUCUUUUAGCAAAGGACCCCAGAGCGGGCAGCGGCUCAAGAACCUUACCCAAGUCCCGCUGAUGGCGGCGACAUUACAAGAACUGCGCGUGGACGGCAACUUCAGCGGCCUCCAGGACGGGAAGGCAGGCCAUCACAUGCACGACGGGUCGCUGACCUCGAUGUCGAAACGGCCACCGGACCUGAGGCUAGGCGUGGGCUUGCCCCUGAGCAGGGUGUACGCCGAGUACUGGGCGGGCAGCCUGGAACUGCAUAGUCUCGAAGGCUAUGGCGUAGAUGCCUUUUUGCAGAUCUCCAAGCUCGGCAACAAGAACGAGCAACUAUCCACGCGGGCUACUAUGGACUCGCUAUAG